GGCUUUACCUGUCCCACUCCUACCUUUACGGCUGGCUGAGGGAGAAGUAGAGGGGGGGAAGAAAAGCAGAAUUACCAGUAGCUCUGGUUCUGCCGUCCCGGGCGCUCGCUUGCUCUCACUCAUUCACGCGCGCACACACACACCUUUACCUGCACAGACUUGAAAGUCCAGUUUCACCAGAGAGACUGAGGCACCUGGAAAAGGGGAGAGAGUUCAUUGGAUCAAACAUGUCACAAGAGACGGACAAUAAAAACCGGCUUGUGGCUAUAGUUCCGAGUGAUGGUCCGUUCAAUACCAGGAGAGCCUACACAAGUGAAGAUGAAGCUUGGAAAUCUUAUCUGGAGAAUCCGUUAACAGCAGCUACUAAGGCUAUGAUGAGCAUCAAUGGGGAUGAGGACAGUGCAGCUGCUCUUGGAUUAUUAUACGAUUAUUAUAAGGUUCCUAGAGAUAAAAGACUGUUGUCUGUUAACAAAGUGAAUGAUAAUCAAGAAGAUCAAGAUAAAAGAAAUUGUCUUACCACCAGUGAAACUCAGAGCAACUUGGGCAGCGGUGGUGAAAACCGAGUGCAGGUCUUGAAAACCGUGCCAGUAAACCUUUCUUUAAAUCAGGAGCAGCUGGAGACUUCCAAAAGGGAGCAGUUCAGUUCGAGCGUAUCUGGAAGCCCAACUUCCAUUUCUGUGACAGGAGUUAUGGUGGUGAAAGCAGAAGACUACACCCCUGUUUACAUGCCUCCAUCGGUGCAUUAUGCAAGAGGAGAAAAUGAAGAGCACCGGGGGGUUAUAUUUGAACAUGCACAUUAUGAAGUGGCCAGCAUCACACCCCAUUCAACCUAUCUGAAAGAUGACCAGCGCAGUACUCCUGAUAGUACUUACAGUGAAACUUUUAAAGAUGGAGGGGCAGAGAAAUAUCGCAGUGGAUCUGUGGGGCCUGAGGAAUACAUUUAUGAACAAACGGCCAACAGCACAUUUCGGUAUACUUUGGAAGCUACCAAAUCCCUGCGUCAGAAGCAAGGAGAAGGACCAAUGACCUACUUAAACAAAGGGCAGUUUUAUGCCAUAACACUGAGCGAGACUGGAGACAAUAAAUGCUUCAGACAUCCAAUCAGCAAAGUCAGGAGUGUGAUCAUGGUAGUGUUCAGUGAGGAUAAAAACCGUGACGAACAGCUGAAGCAUUGGAAAUACUGGCAUUCCCGGCAGCACACAGCAAAGCAAAGGGUCCUUGACAUUGCUGACUACAAGGAGAGCUUUAACACAAUUGGGAAUAUAGAAGAAAUUGCCUAUAAUGCCAUAUCCUUUACUUGGGAUGUCAAUGAAGAAGCAAAGAUUUUCAUCACAGUGAACUGCUUGAGCACAGACUUCUCUUCUCAAAAAGGAGUCAAGGGGCUUCCUUUGAUGAUUCAGAUUGACACAUACAGCUACAAUAAUCGCAGCAAUAAACCCAUCCAUCGUGCCUUCUGCCAGAUCAAGGUUUUCUGUGAUAAGGGAGCUGAGAGGAAGAUCCGGGAUGAAGAAAGAAAGCAAAACAGAAAGAAAGCAAAAGGCCAGCUAUCACAACCCCCCUGUAGUAACGCUGAAGGGAAACUAACCACCGUCCCUCUCCAGAAGAAGAGUGACAUCACCUACUUCAAAACAAUGGCUGACCUGGACUCCCAGCCAGUUCUCUUCAUACCAGAUGUUCAUUUUGGGAACCUACAAAGAACUGGGCAGGUUUACUAUAACACAGAUGACGAGCGAGAAGGUAGUAUUUUGGCUAAAAGGAUAUUCCGGCCAGUAGAGGAGGACUUUGGCCCCCCACCGCUGAAGCAAAUAAAAGAAGAAGGAACAAAAAGAGUGCUGCUAUACGUAAGGAAAGAGGCUGAUGAAGUGUUUGAUGCUUUGAUGUUAAAAUCGCCCACUGUAAAGGGACUGAUGGAAGCAAUUUCUGAGAAAUAUGGCCUUCCAGCUGAAAAAAUUGCAAAACUUUACAAGAAGAGCAAAAAGGGGAUCUUGGUGAAUAUGGAUGAUAACAUAAUUGAACAUUAUUCCAAUGAAGACACUUUCAUUCUAAACAUGGAGAGCCUGGUGGAAGGCUUCAAGGUCACAUUGACAGAGAUCUAGCCUAGAUCAGAGUGCAGCCUUGUGAAGUCAUAGCAUUUCACCCUUGUCUUAAGAAAGAGAACCAUUCCUCUAAAGCCCUGAUGACUCACUGAUGCCAAGAAGAGCGGCUGUUACAAAACGCCAUUGGUUUGGACCAUGUUAGUUCUUUUUUGGCUAGUUGUUAACUGACCAGUCUGUUCAAGAUGAGCUAACAUACCUCCACAAAGUUCCUUAUUUAUUGCUCCUCAUUCUGCAAUAUGUAAAUAGUCCACAGACCCUGGAUAUCUCACCCACUGCAAGAGUGAAACAGUGACUUUUUAAAUAAAAUCAGUUAAUAUGGAAGAAAAUGAAUUUGUGGAAUUGCAUUAGUUCAGCUGGGACUUAAUAGUUAAAAUUGAACCUUCCGAAAUAAAUUGCUAGAAGAUCUGAUAUUCUAAUCCAUGCAGAGGUAAUGACAAGGAAAGUGACUGAUGGUGUGCGAAACUUCCAGCAAAAGCUGAGUAGCAUAUAGUUUAGCCAUAUGCCCCCAAGUGCUUCCCGGCGCAGGGCAAUUGAGGACUGUAGGUAAGGGACUGAGAUGGCAUGUAAUUUGUAAGUAAAACAUCAAUUUUUAACCUUUGUAUAUAAUGUUUAUAAUAUGUAAUAAUAUAUUUUUCCUACCUGUGUGGAUGUGUUUACUGCCACUGUUGUUUUGUGCUGAGAUUAGAAGCUGGCAGACACUCUUGCUGAGCAGGGAGAUUCUGCCAACAGCUAUUCAGUGUGCAGAGAGGCUGAUGUUUCUGUAGCUUUGCUCGGGUGGCUUGUCCAGCAUCCAUAUUAGGACGUUAAGACUCCCCUUCCAUUGGCCCAUCGGACACUUACUCCACAAGCUUGGGAGGUUUUGUGGGUCUUACUCACCCUCCCAUGCCUAGUCUCUGUGCAGCGAUGCUGCAUUGUCUUCCAAUUCCUGAAUUAUUUAUCUUCUGUUUGCACCCUUGGAUUUUCAUCUUUUUCUCUUAUGCAUCCUUGUUGGAGAGACCCUCCAUUUCUCUCUCCUACAUUAUACACACAGCCAGAAUUGAGGCAGCUCCAACAGCCAUGCCACCCUCCCCUCAAUGCCUGCUUCUAGUUCUGGCUUUGGCCUUUCUGAAGAAAUGGUAUCUCCAUGCAAUUUACCUUUACUUGAGAGUCUCAGGCAAACUGGAGCCAAACCUGAAUUGAGCCAGAUGGUCUUUUAAAAAAUUUUUUAAAUAGCAACUCACAAAAACAUAGACUUAUAGAGCUGGAAGGUACCUUAGAAGCCAUCUAGUCCAACCACUUGCUCAUUGCAAGACGCAAUGCAAGAUGGCAUCACAGCAUCCCUGACAGAUGGCCACCCUGUCUCUGCUUAAAUCUUCCAGCGAAGGAAAACCUCACCACCACCACCUCCCAAGGCAGUCUGCUCCACUGUUCCUGUCCCUGCAGUUCCCACUCAUUGCUUCUAGUCCUGCACUCUGGAGCAACAGAGUUCGACACUGCUCCAUCUCCUGCAUGACGGCCCUUCAAAUAUUUGAAGACAACCAUCUUAUCUCCACUGAAUGAAUGGAUGGAUUUUGGUCAGACCAGAUUUGGGUCAGCAAACACUACAAAAACAGCUUAAUGGAAUAAAUUAACAGCUGAGACCCAUUCCCACAACAUGCAUUGCAGGCAUGUAUCUGGUGAUGCAGUUCACAUCAAAGUGAACUGCACAAAUAGUGCUAAGGAAAGAACUGUACACCUCUGAUCGUGGCAGGGAUGUGACCAGAUGUGCAUAAAGAGGCUUCUUUUUUUACUCAAAGGAACUGAUCUGGGAGAUUUCAUGCCAACAGUCCUAGAAAACCAGGCAGGGCAGGGCAAUUUUGAUGCACCUGAAAAAGAAUGCAGCUUAUGCUCCAUACCCUGGUGGCUCACCUUAGCUUCCCUCCCCCCAUUCAUCUUCUUUCCCUCCUGACUCACCCUGCUCGCCUUAUCAGUGGUUGUCAUUUCCUUGUCAAUUCAUCUUCCCAAGAUUUGUGGCUGGAAUGGAAGAAAUGUGUUGCAUGAAUGGACCCUCUGUGCAUUUUGUUCAUUUAGGCUGCAAUCCAGUACACGUUUACUCAGAAGUAAGCUCCAUUAGAUUCAAUGGAACUUACUCCCAGGUAAGUGUGUAUUAGAUUGCACCCUUAGUUAAACUUCUUAGUGUCCCCAGAUGGGUCACACUAGAGUCUAAAUGUAAAUAUGUACAUACACCUUCUUUGAUUUGGGAUCUAAAUGUACAUAUAAGUCCCGGCUAUAUAGACUUUGUUUUUGUAUGGUUAUGUUAUUCAGCCUGUUUUAUCAGCAUCUAGUAGACAAUUUUUCAUUGCAUUUCCAUUGAUGGGACUAUGGAGGAAUGAACAUAGCUCUAUAGUGGAGCACUUGGUUUUCAUGUACAAGGUCAAAGAUUCAAUUGCCACUAUCUCCAACAAAGCAAAGAACCCUGGAGUGCCGCUGUCAGUCAGUGUAGACCAGCCUUCUUCAAUGUUGGGUCCCCCAGAUGUUGCUGGGCUACUACUAUCAUCAUCCCUGACUAUAGGCUAAGCCAGCUGGGGAUGAUAAGAGUUGUAAUCCAACAACAUAUGGGGACCUGAGGCUGAAAAACUGUGGUGUAGAUCCUGAGCUAGCUGGACCAGGGUCUGACUGGGUGUAAGGCAGCUUUAUAUGCUCACACAGCACAAUGAUAUAAACAGAAGCUUUCCACAGUCUGUACAUACCGUAACAGCAUUCCUGUGGCUUGCACAUGCUCUUCCUUGCUGUGUGAACCAAGAGUAGAAGAACUUUUAUUUUAAAUUUUAACUCCCCGAAAGCCUGUGAAUAUGAAGUAUGAAGUGAGAUUAAACCCUCAAAUUCUUUUAUUAACUUUGGGGGAGCAAAAAUGGGAAAGUAAUCUUUCAAAACAUUUUGGAAAAUGUGCAUAAAUUUUAAGUAAGUUCAAGCAGUACCCCUUUGAUGGGACAAUCAAAGCUCCAAAAAGUGAGACCAAAAAGUGAGAUCUUUUGCUUAAAUAAGACAACCACAAAAUGGUGCUAUAGAGUGGAAUGUUUUUGAAAGGUUUCUGGUAUGUAAAUUAGCGUGACCUAAAUUUUAGUAGAGUUUGCUCCUGCUAUGCCCUUUUUAGCAGCUUAGUUCUUUAGAUUUUUGCGAGGUUUCAAAUUUUGCAGAAAUGCCAAACCCUGAAUUAUGGGAAAGCAGUUUUGGUUGUGAUUUUAAGGUCAAUUUAUUUAGGUCAGAAUCUUGCAUUUCUGAGUUGAACCAAUAUUGGUUGUUUUAAAAAAAAGAACUCAGAACAGUUGCCCUAAAUUUGCAAUGUAUGCAAAUCCCAAGGAAGAAUAAAUACCCUCUUUAUUUGUGUAUACUUGCAUAAGCAUGUAUGUCCCUUAUAGUUGUGUAAAGCUACAAUGACUGAUAUAUCUAAAGUGAGUAAUAUGCUGAUUUAGCAUUACCUGAGAAUCAAUUGAGUUUACAAAACCGUUUUAUAGCAAACUGAUAUUGACUGCCAAAGUGGCUGCCUGGAUGAAAUUCAAAGAUGCUUUUCUCUUCCCCAUCAUGAAGUAAAGUGACGGCUAAAAUUACACCUGUUGAACAUCUAUUGCUGGCUGUUAAAGGCACAAGAGUCUCUAUUAGGAAAGGAAUUGAAGAAGGUCCAUAGCUCAGUGGUAGAGCAUCUACUUUGAAUGCAGAAGUUCCCAUAUGUACUCUCCGGGCAGGGCUAGGAAAAGACUCUUGCAUGAAACCCCCAAAGAGCUGCUGCCAGCCAAGGGUAGGCAGCACAGAGCAAGAUGGACCAGUGGUCUGACUAUAAGACAGCUUCCUGUGUUCUAUGAAGUCACAGAGUUAGUAGUAAUGUGACCCAGAAAGAAAUUAUAAUUAUCCCUUCUGUUCUGUAGUUUAGCACUUAUGGAUAAUGAUUGUUCUAAAGCAAUCUGGUUUCUCAGUCUUUGUUCUGGAAAACCAUUGGGGUCCCUUAGAAGCUUAUUGUGAUGUUUUGAAGGAGUCCAGAAAGGCAGCUUUUGUGACUGUCCUUCAUUCCGGAUUCAUUAUUAACCUCCAGCAAUGUAUAGACAUAAAGAAAUAGUAAGUGUGUUCUAGGGUGAGUUGUCAGUUCACAGGCCUAGCCAGCAUCCUGUGUGGCAUGCGCAUGCUACCACAUGCUUUAGAAUCACUUACUGAUGCUGAAAGACAAAUGCUCAUGAAUGCCUUGGCAUGCCAGACAUUGUAGAAAGUGUAACACUAUAGGCAGAACACACCCAAAGAUCACUGUUACUAUUGUACUCUGAGAUAAAUAUCUUCACUGCUAAGAACCUGCAUAUGUUCUGAGGCUGCCUGGUACACUCUUUAUCCAUGCAGAGAUGGUGUAGGGAAAUGAUAUAAUAUUUAAUGUGUCAAUCCCUGCCAAAAAGCUGUGCCUUUCUAGCUAAAAAGGGCUAGAAACUUGUGCAUGUAUGUGUGGUUUUUUUUAAAAAAAAUACUGAUUUGGGGGGGCAGCGGCUAAAAGCCUUAUAUUAUAUUCUGCACUUGCAUAGAAUUGCAGAGAGAAUCUUGCAUAGAAUCAUAAGGCAAUCUUUUCAGAACAUCUCAGGCUUUCACUAUACGGAGAAGUUCUCCAUGUCUACCUGCUGAAGAUACAUGAUACAUAUUGCAAAUGACAAUAUUUACAUGGCUAUAACAAUUGCUAGAAUAAUAAGGCCUGCUUCAGUGUAUGCAUUUUAAAGAAAUUACAUGCAGACAACCCAGCCUACCAGAUUUUUAAAAAAUCAUCUUUUACUUUUGGUGGAUAUGGAAGAGGAGAGAUCUUUAUCAAGCUUAGCUAUUUUUCUGACUUUUGUUGUUGCUGACAAAUGUCUGAAGCUACUUAGGAAUGACUUGGUUAUGUACUGUAUACAGAAACAUUUGAUUUAUGAAUUAAGCCAUUUCCCCCAGAAUUUUUUUUCUUGUUCAUCUUCCUCUGUUCUGAUCUCUGUGGAUCAGUUGGAAAGUUGCAAAACUAACAUAACUGCUUAAAUACAGGUUUGUUUGUUUUUAUUAAAGAGGAAGCUGAAAAGCUGUUGUUAUGAAUUCAGUCAGCAUCAUUCCACAGAACUGGAAAUGAAUAGACUUGUUUGAAGUUUUUAAAAGUGUGCAGCAUGUAAAAUGUUUGUUUCUCUUGCAACCCUUACCCCUUCCUUUCUCCCUCCCUUCCCUCAAUAUUUCUCCUGGAAAGGGUGAUGUGAUGCAAACAAGAGUGUUUGUGCCAAAAAUCUGUGCAUAGUCCUCAUCUCUGGAAAGCAAGGAAGCUGUAUGUAUAAACACUGUGCGCUAUUUUAUUCUAAGAAAAAUAGUUUGUGUAACUUAAUAGUUUAUGGGAGAGGGAAAUCUAUAAACGUAAAUAAUACAGGUUUAUUUUAUUUUUUUUGUACAUUUUUAAGAAGGAAAGAAAUAAAUAUUCAUAAGAUAUAACUGGCUUGGUUUUUCCAAGGAUGUUUGAAGGCUUGUCCAACUCCACACUGAACCAUUUGGAUAUUGACUCACAUGUGCUUGAGUGGGCUUACACUUUUUCUGGGACUCUUUGAAAUUGUCAUGUGGUUCCUCAUUAAAUAAAUGAGAGUCUAUCCUCCCAUGAAUUGUGAUGGAGGUUGCUGUGAAAGAACGCUCUUUCAGUCUUCACCCACUAGGUGUGCAAUCAGUUGUGGGCUUAUGCAUAUAUCAUUGCUGGCAGCAAUUUGGGGCAGGGUGGGCACAGAUCCCAGUACAGGAAAUACGUUUUAUAAUAGUUCGUUGAAUGAUUUGAAUGUUAAGAGUCAUUUUAAUAAAAAUUAAAAAUAAGUGCCAAGGGGUUGUCAGUCACCUCAGUGCCUUUGCACUCCUUCA